AUGGCUACGGGUAGAAAUAUCACAACAGUCACCAGAUUUAUCCUUCUGGGAUUCACUGAGCAUCCAGAGCUUCAGGUCUUCCUUUUUGUGUUGUUCCUGGGAAUCUACCUCAUGACUCUAGCCUGGAAUCUGUCCCUCACCAUCCUCAUCAGGAUUGAUUCUCAUCUUCAUUCCCCCAUGUAUUUCUUCCUCAGUAAUUUAUCCUUUGUUGAUAUCGCUUAUACUUCCUCUGUUGCCCCCAAGAUGCUCUAUGACUUCUUCAGGGAGCAAAAGACCAUCUCCUUUGUGGGCUGUGCUGCUCAGCUGUUUGUCUUCAUUGGGAUGGGGGGCACAGAGUGCUGCCUGCUGGCGGCCAUGGCAUAUGACCGCUACAUUGCCAUUUCCAACCCACUGCUCUAUGCAGCUGUCAUGUCCCCCUCUGUUUGUGUGAAGAUGGCUAUGGCAGCACAUACUGGGGGAGUCUUCACUGGCUUGGUCCAAACCAUCUCUGUAUUUCAGCUCUACUUCUGUGGGCCAGAUGUAAUUAACCACUUCUUCUGUGAUAUUCCUCCCCUGUUGACCCUCUCCUGUUCCAGCACUCUUCUCAGUCAAGUGGUGAACUUCACGGUUGUGUGUAUAGUUGGGGGGACAUCAGCCACUAUUGUCUUGGUCUCCUAUGUGUAUAUCAUUGCAACAGUUAUGAAGAUUCAUUCAGCCAGAGGACGAGCAAAGGCUUUCAAUACUUGUGCCUCCCAUCUGGUGGCCGUGGUUCUCUUCUAUGGCUCUGGCCUCUUCGCAUACCUCCAUCCUAGUGCUAGGCACUCACAGAACCAAGAUAAAGUGGUGUCCGUGUUCUAUGGAGCUAUGAUUCCCAUGUUAAACCCCAUCAUAUAUAGUUUGAGAAACAAAGAGAUUAAAGAUUCACUGGAAAAGCUCAAGGAGAGGAGAAGGCAGAAGUCCCUAUGUGCCUUUUUUCCUUAA